AUGAAAGACAAUUCAGAUCCUGCGUCCAUAUCUGAUACCAAUACAGAUCAGACAACAGUACUUCCAGUUAAUCCCGAGAAACCGGAGGAACAGCCCAGUGUAGAAGAAUACAAAAACAAGAGACUUGCUCGUGUAUUGACAUUUAUUGGCCUUCAAGUUGCACUCUUUUUAUCUGCACUCGAUGGUACUAUUAUAUCAACAGCUUUACCAAGAAUCGGAUCAGAUUUCAAUCAAAUGUCAAUUGUUUCUUGGGUAGCCACCGCAUACAUUUUAACAUUUGACGCAUUUCAACCGUUAUUUGCCAAGUUUUCAGAUAUCUUUGGUCGAAAAUGGAUUUUGAUGUUUGGUAUUGGAGUAUUCUUGUUUGGAUCUGUGUUAUGCGGUGCCGCCAAGUCUAUGGUCAUGUUGAUUGUUGCUAGAGCCAUUGCUGGUAUUGGCGCUGCAGGUAUUACUUCAAUGGUGUUUAUUAUCAUUUCGGAUAUCGUCCCAUUAGAGAAGCGAGGAAGUUAUCAGGGUAUUAUCAAUGCUGUGUUUGCCUUGGCAAGUGUGUUUGGUCCAUUGAUUGGUGGUUCGUUUACGGAUUAUGUCACUUGGAGAUGGAACUUUUACAUCAACCUUCCUAUUGGAGCUGUUGCGGUUGCCAUUCUUUUAUAUUUCUUGCGUCUGCCAACACCUAAAUCCAAAUUAUCCGAGAAAUUAAAGCGCGUCGACUACACAGGUACCGUCAUCGUAUUGGCUUUUUCCACUUUAUUUUUGUUGGCUCUCAAUUUUGGAGGGCAGACGUUUCCAUGGAAAUCAGCUGCAGUCAUCGUUCCCUUGGUCCUCUCAGUUCUUCUCGUUGGCCUCUUGGUCUUUGUCGAAAAGAAAUUUGCCAAGGAACCCCUGAUGCCUCCACGCCUGUUCCGUAAUCGAUCUGUUGUAAGUGUCUUGUUGGUGAACUGGUUUUUUGGUAUGACAUUUUUUUCUGCUGUUUACUAUUUGCCAGUCUAUUUCCAAGUUGUCCGUAAUGACAGCGCCAUGUGGUCUGGUAUUCGAUUGAUCCCUAUGCAACUCGUGCUUUGUUUCAUCUCGACAUUUGUCGGUCUAUCAAUCUCCAAGACGGGUGUUUAUAGACCUCUGAUCUGUGUUGGCAUGGCUUUGCUUACCUUGUGGAUCGGAUUGACAAGUUUAUAUGAUCAAACAACGCCUUUUUCUCGUAUCUAUGGUAUCACUAUCAUUGGCGCUGGGGCACUUGGUAGUUUAUUCUCAUCAACCAUUAUUGCCCUUCAAGCGUCUGUAGAAAUCAAGGAUAUCGCUGUUGUCACAGGUCUUGGUAACUUUUCGCGUAUCCUUGGUGGCGCUUUGGGUGUAGCUAUUUCAUCUGCCGUUUUAAACUCUCAUUUGAAUCAAGAACUCCCCCAAUUGAUUCCUACAGAUGAAGCUUACCGUGUCAUUCAAUCCUCAGAGUACGUCAAUCAUGGUCUUCCUGAAGCAUAUAAGGAUAUAACUAUUGAAGUUUAUGUUACGGGCCUUCAAAUGAUUUGGUACGUUUUGAUUGCUAUGGCCGGUUUAGGGUUCAUUGCAUCCUUCUUUGUCAAGCAUCACUCAGUACGUAGACAUGUCAAAGCAAAGGCAGCGGCUGAUGCUGCUGCUGCUGCUGCCACAGAGAAAGAGCAGCAGGAAAAAACUGAAGAUGAAAGUGUAAAGAUUGACGUUCCCGUUGAAAAAGAGGAAAAUAUAGAUGAACAGGAAUUAUCAACAAAGCAGGAGUCGUCUGCCAAACAGCAAGUGUAA